CGGGUGGGGCCCCGGGCAGAGGCGAUGGCGCCCUGGGCGCUCCUCAGGCCUGGGGUCCUGGUGCGGACCGGGCACACCGUGCUGACCUGGGGGAUCACGCUGGUGCUCUUCCUGCAUGAUACCGCCUCACUCUCCCCCUCUGGCCUCUCCAGCACUGCGGCAGUGGGAAGAGCAGGGGGAGCUGCUCCUGCCCCUCACCUUCCUGCUCUUGGUACUGGGCUCCCUGCUGCUUUACCUGGCUGUGUCACUCAUGGACCCGGGAUACGUGAAUGUCUUGCUCCAGCCCCAGGAGGAGGCCAAGGAAGAGCAGACAGCCAUGGUUCCUCAAGCCAUCCCCCUUCGGCGCUGCAGAUACUGCAUGGUGCUGCAACCCCUGCGGGCCCGUCACUGCCGUGAGUGCCGUCGUUGUGUCCGCCGAUAUGACCACCACUGCCCCUGGAUGGAGAACUGCGUGGGGGAGCGCAAUCACCCACUCUUCGUGGCCUACCUGGCGCUGCAGCUGGUGGUGCUUCUGUGGGGCCUGUACCUGGCAUGGUCUGGCCUCCGCUUCUUCCGGCCUUGGGGGCUCUGGCUGCGGUCCAGUGGGCUCCUGUUUGCCACCUUCCUGCUGCUGUUGCUCUUCUCCCUAGUGGCCAGCCUGCUCUUGGCCUCGCACCUCUACCUGGUGGCCAGCAACACCACCACCUGGGAGUUCAUCGCCUCACACCGCAUCGCCUACCUCCGCCAGCGCCCCGGCAACCCCUUCGACCGCGGCCUGACCCGCAACCUGGCCCACUUCUUCUGUGGAUGGCCCUCGGGGUCCUGGGAGACCCUCUGGGCUGAGGAGGAGGAAGGCAGUAGCCAGGAUGUUUAGGGUUGCCAGAGGCCGGGCCACCAUCUUGUGCCUGAAAACCAGAGGGGCUGCACCCGGGGUCGUCAGCCCUCCGAGGGCCUGGGGCUCCUCACUCCUGCCCACUCCUCCCAGGCCUCAGAGUGGAGCUGAAGGACAGAACCCUGCCUCAAAGGCAGAAGAGGAGGAAGAGGACCCAUGGUGGGGCUUGGGCACAAAGGACCUGGGCUGCGGAGACUUCCACCCUCCCCGCCCCCAAGCCAGGCUGCGUCCAAUGCACAGUUUU